CUGCCGCCGCCGCCCAUGGCCGGGACGCGCUGGGUGCUGGGCGCGCUGCUCCGGGGCUGCGGCUGUAGCUGCAGCAGCUGCCAGCGCACCGGGGCGGCCUGCCUGCCCCUGCGCCCCGCUGCCUCCGCCGCCGCCGGCCUGUCCGGCCUCUCCGGCCGCCGCCGGCUCCUGCUGCUGCUGGGGGCGGCGGCCGCGCAGAGCCGGGGCCUGCAAGUGGCGGUGGCCGCCGGCAGCCUGCCCAGCCCGGCCGGGCCCGGGUUCGGGGCCUUGCGGGGCCCGCUGCUGCACCCGGCCCACCCGGGGCGGAGCUACGGCCAGGACUUGAGUUCCUCAUUUCAAGAUGAGUAUCCUCCACUCUCAGAGUAUGAACCAAUUCCAUCCAAGACUGGAGAGGAAGAUGAUGUGUUUCUUAUCCGAGCCCAAGGAUUGCCAUACUCUUGCACUGUUGAAGAUGUGCUUAGUUUUUUCGCUGACUGCAGGAUUCGAAAUGGAGAGCGUGGGAUACACUUCCUUUUAAACAGGGAUGGCAAACGCAGAGGAGAUGCUUUGAUUGAACUAGAGUCAGAACAGGAUGUGCAAAAUGCCUUAGAAAAGCACCGGGAAUAUAUGGGUCAGCGGUACGUGGAAGUUUUUGAAAUACAUAAUGAAGAUGUAGAUGCCAUAUUGAAGAGUCUGCAGUCCAGUUCAUCCCCUGCAGUUAAUGAUGGAGUUGUACGCCUCAGAGGCCUUCCUUACAGUUGUACUGAAGCAGACAUUUCAGAGUUCUUUGCAGGUUUGGAUAUAGUUGAGAUGACUUUUGUCAUGGAUCAGAGAGGAAGAAGGAAAACAGGAGAAGCUUUUGUGCAGUUUGCAGCACCAGAAAUGGCAAAUCAAGCCUUGUUAAAGCAUAAGGAGGAAAUUGGGAAUCGAUAUAUAGAAAUAUUUCCAAGUAGGAGGAGUGAAGUUCGAACCCAUAGCGGUUCGUACAGGGGGAAGAUGAUGAUGAAGAAUACUUAUCCAACUGCUAAACUGAUAAAAGAAUCCGAAUCAGUCUUUGAAGAAAAUGAAUUGAGUCAGACCCUAGGACCAACAGCAGCUUGUGAAAGUGAAAAAGAAAACGAAUCUUAUAGAGAAGUGAUUGAAAAGCCUCGGGAUGCUUCAGAAUUCGGAAGUACCUCAUCACCGCUGCAUUUUGUCCAUCUGAGAGGUCUGCCUUUCCAAGCUAGUGCCCAAGACAUUGUAAAUUUUUUUGCUCCACUGAAACCUGCAAAAAUCACCAUGGAAUAUAAUUCCAGUGGGAAAGCUACAGGAGAAGCAGAUGUACAUUUUGAGACUCAUGAAGAUGCAGUUGCUGCUAUGGCUAAGGACAGGUCACACGUGCAGCAUAGAUAUAUUGAAUUAUUUCUGAAUUCAUCUCCAAAAAGAAAACAAGAUUGCUAGUGACAGUGGCACAAUCUCAGACUAGAAUGAAGCAAGAACUGUUUCGUUUGCUCAUCAUUCUUGGAGCUAGAAGGAGGUGCUCCUGUUCGGUAGCAAAGAUAAACCACAGAGGACAUCUUGUUUUUCCAAAGGCAAUUCAAUCUGUAUCUAAAACUAUUCAGCAUGGGUUUGUGUAGUAAAGCGCACAAUAAAUGGUUUUCACACUGUGGAAA